GAAGUUCAAAGGGGCCGAAUACUUUCGCAAGGCACUGUAUAUGUAUGUAUGUAUGUGUGUGUCUGUGUGUUUUAAAUGGUUCAAAUUGGCGACCAAUCAGCUUGUUGCAAGUGCUUAGCAAACUUCUGGGGAAAAGUUGUUUUUUCAAGUUAUUUUACAGAAAACAAAGGGCUUGGCACUGACACAAAUGACUGAUGAUUGGCUGAAAGAAAUUGAUAGUAAAAAGAUUGAGUUGUUUUGUUAGACUUCAGUGGAUUUGCAUCCUCUGCCUUUAUUAUGGAUAGAGUUACCCAUAUAAUAGAACACCAAGGGUUUUCAUUAAUGGAAUCCUCUCUCUCUCCCUCUCUCUCUUUGUUAAUGGAAGCCUCUGCAAAUUCAGUGUGGUGUACCGCAGGGCAGCCGGCUAGGGCCAUUAUUGUUUUCUGUUUUUACAAAUGACCUUCCACUGACCUUGAAUAAAGCCUGUGUGUCUGUACGCUGAUAACUCAACAGUAUACAUGUCGCCUGUAGCAUGAAAAUAAAUAACUGAGACACUUAACAUAGAGUUCCAGUCAGUUAUAGAAUGGGUAACUAGCAAUAGGCUGGUGCUAAAUAUCUCUAACUAAAAGCAUAGUUUUUGGGACAAAUCACUCGCUUAACACUAAACCUCAUCUGGAUCUAUUAUUGAAUAAUGUGGCUAUUGAGCAAGUUGAGGAGACUAAACUGCUGGGUCUAACCCUAGAUAGCAAGCUAUCAUGGUCAAAAGAUAUGAACUUAAUGGUUGCUAAAAUGGGAAGAGGUCUGUCCAUGAUAGGGUCGUUGCUCUGCCUUCUUGACAUCUCAGUCGACCAGACAGGUCCUACAGGCCCUAGUUUUGUCGCACCUGGACUACUGCCCAGCUUUGUAGUCAUGUGUGGCAAAGAACGAGUACCAGUAACAUGCAUGUCAGUCUCUCCUGGCUCAAAGUUGACUGCAUCACUAUUGGUCUUUGUGUGAGGUGUUGAAGGUACCGAACUGUCUGUUCAAGCAGUUGGCACACACAACAGAAAACAUGCAACCAGAGAUAUCUUCACAGUCCCCAGGUCCAGAACAGAGGUUGGGAAGCGCACAGUAUUAAAUAGAGGCAUGACUACAGGGAACUAUCUGCCACCCCAAGUAACUCAAGCUAGCAAUUAAACCAGUUAUAAAAAAACAGAUAAAAGAACACCUUACAGCACUAAGGGGACUGUGACAAGACACAGACAUUUUUAUAGUGUAUUGUAAUUUGCACUGUACUGUGUAUUAGACCUAGAUGUUGUGUGCAUGUACUGAUAUGUAGGUGUCGUGACUUGACUUUUAACAUUAAUCUGAACACUGUUAUAUAUCUAAUCAACUAUGUUGUUCCCCGAUCAAAUUAAUCAUGUAACAAUUAACUCAUUAGGAUCUGGGGCACCACGAGAGCAGUUAUUUAAAGAGUUACCAUCUCCCGAAUUAAACUCUAAAGGUCUUUACCUAUCACAUCUAUAAACAGUCAACUUAUUAAUCACAACCUCUUAUCAUAUCAUCAUUCUGAACAGUCGUAACCUCUUUGCAUCUGCAAAAACCCGAGCCUUACUCGGUAAGAUUCAGUACAACACAGAUUGAUUUAUUUAUUUAUUUACUAGCUAAUUAAAUGGUAACACAAGAUAAACAUAUACACUAAAAACAGGUCCCUGGUGGACUGACAACAAUAGGGCUACUUGUUACAAAAGACAUGGAGAGGGCGAGAGAGGGAGUGGGACCGUGACACUUAACAUUGGUACAUUUGGAAACUACUCUCACUUGAUUUCUUACUCCAAGCGGGUGGCGGCACAGCGACCACCCACGUGGAGUAAGCAAUCAUGUAUGUAUUUACGUGAAAAUUCUUAACCCAUCAUUUUAUACAGUUUGUUCAAAAGGGGCGGUUCUGUCAGGCUGACACACUCUCUGACCUCAAUCAAGGGGGCGGUGACUACUUACUGUGCACAGUUAUAGAAACAAUUUCCUCUUAGUUUCUAAAAUCACAUCCCUCUCUUAACAAAAACACUAAUACUUUUUCAUAUAGCAUGCACAACGCAGAGGAUGGAAACUUUGUACAUGUCGUAUGUAUACUUUCCAAGUUACAGUAUUUUCUUUAUAAUAUUUUUAAUGACAUCACAAAAUAACAACCAAACCGACAUUAGUGUUAUUUUAGGUCGCCUCUGACAAAUCCCCACAUUCUAUAUUAGAAAUAUUGUUCUAAUAGUUGCUUUUGAACGUGUUAGACUUUUGGCGCAAAAACUCUUCUUGAAACAAAGUACAUUCCUUGAGGGAAUUUAGAGAGGGAUGUCUGAAUGUUUUGUCCUUGAUUUAUAACAGGGUGUGAGGUGUUAAUCCCCACCAGUUCCCUCCUCCCUCUCUGCAGGUGACAGGGGGUCUGGUUGAAGUUAUUUAUUGCAAAGCUGAUCUGACCUAUUUGGAUCCUCACAGGACAGUCAUGACAUAGGCUAUAUGUCACAUUUUAAAUGCUUUCUGGGUCAGUGCAUGGAGAACCUGCUGUUGGACCAGGACUUCUGGUUGAGUUCUCUGGACCAGGAGUACUUUGCCAUAGAGAUCUCUAUCCAAGAGGAGACUCUCAACCUCAUGUACAAAGGCAUCCUCAUGCAAGAGGGUUCCUUGUUCGCCAGCUGCAGCUCCACCCAGAUGUUCGACAGCUCCACCUCUGGUAGAGACCUCUACCUGGAGCAGGGGGACAUCGCCCUGUUUGAGCCCCCGUUCCUGGGCUCGGGGUGGACCGUACUCUCCCUGGGGGAUGGAGCCCGGGGGACCAAACCCAAACCAGUCCUGGAGCCCGUUAUCCCCUUCCACCAAUGGUUCCUCAAAUCAUGUGCGGAGAACAUCUUAGUUGGCAGUGGCAAGCCAGCAUGUGAUUUCCCCUGCCAGUUUGCCACUGGCUCUUGCGUGGCCACUGUUGAGUAUGACGCCGGUGGGCCAGAUGAGCUAAGCCUGGAACAGGGUGACCGCAUCAUCAUUGUGGGCCUGUUGGUGUCGUGCUUCGAGUGGUUCACUGGCAGACUGGAGAGAACAGGAGAAGUGGGAUUGGUGAUGACAACACUGGUCAGACCGGCCGAUAGCCUUUGUGAGGCGUCUGACAUUUUCCUAGAGAAAGAAGAGAGGUUGUUUUUCAACCUGAAUGACGAUCAGAUUAAAGAGGAGACAAUCGCCUUGCUGAAAAAAAUCAACCCGAAUGAUGUUGGACACGUCUACAAACUUGAUCUGAUUGCUCAACCGGAUUCUCCAAAUGAACCAACUCAAAAUGGUUCCCAAGGCAACAUGGACGCUCACCAACAAGCAGAACUGAGGAGGAAGAUUGAAGAGAUUCUGCUAAAAGGGAAGAUGAAAUCGAAGGUGCCUCAUGCAACUGUGAUGACAAAUGGAACUCUGGAGGACCAGAGUGAGACCUCUAAGACUACAUUACCCAGCGGGCCUCACUUCACCAUCCAACCAGUUGAGGAAGGCACCACCACCAACCAGGAGAAAUUCCUUCCUCUUCUAUCCUUCCUGGGUGGCAGCAACUACAAGCCAGAGUUUGGCGCCCUCUAUGGCCAAACUCCGGAACGGCUCCUUGCCACUUUCACUGGCCACUCGGACGACGUUGACAAAUUAGUGGCGUAUCUAGGUGUUGCCAGGGAAACUGCCAGGAAGAAACGUCUCCAUUGGUCCCAGAGCCGCCUCUGUUUCCUUUUGGGGAAACUCUGUGCAGGACGAUCAAAAUUUUCCCAGGCUCGCGUCUACUUCGAGGAGGCCCUUAGCGUCCCUCGAGACAUCUUCACGGACAUGCUAAUGCUAGCUAGCAUCUACGCUAACCUAGCGGUGAUCUAUCUCAUGCAGAAAAAUACAGAGAAAUACUUGGCUCUGUCGGAGCGGAUCGCUGCGCUGCUAAUGGGCAUCCCUUACUGCGUCUCGACAGUGGAGAAAGACUCAGAAGUUCUGAAAUUUAUCCUGAAGAAGGCGGUGCUUAGUCACAAUAAGAUGGCAGAAGCCAGAGCAUGCUUCCUUUUGGCAAAGCUCCACUGGAGGCGAGGAGAGGCGGCGGACACCAUUCCCUUCCUGGAGAGGCUUCUGGUUCUCUUGGCGGAGCCCCCUGGUGUCCGGAGCGUCGUGCCCAGCCAUGGCUACCUCAGCCUGGCGGGACUGUACAGCCAGCUCUCCCUUCCUCACCUCUGUGUCAGCUCGGCCAGGAGAGCCACGAUGCAUCCAUCUGCUGGGCUAGCCGAUUGUCUGAAUGGAAUGGGGCUGGUUCUGGAGAACACAGACAGACUCUAUGGGAUCCGGAAGCAGGACGUCGCCAUUCCGGCUCAAGUGGCUCCAUAUCUCAGCCAGUCGCUCUCCUUCACUGGGCGAUUAGAUGGAGUCGGUGGCACUGGUGACCACACUCUAAGCCAGGCUCUAACACUCUGCCUAUCCCAGCUGUUUCAGGAACAUGGGAUGCUAGGUCACGCCGUACGCUCCAUGCACACUCUCAUAGACCAUCAUUGUGCGCCGUCAUCAUCAUCUGGCACCUCUAGCAUUCCUGAACGAAACAUCGCCCUUGUGUGGCUAGCAUGGCUCCACAUCUGUAACAGCCAACCAGAGGUUGCUCUAGACGUCCUCGACUCAGUGCUGGCCUCCAUGCCAGAACAUUGCACUACCCCACAGGAAGGACUGGUCCACAACAUGAGGGGUGUAGCCUUGCGAAGCAUGGGGGACCUGAGGAGGGCAGCAGAUAGCUACCAGACGGCCAUUGAUGUGUGUGUGGAGUUUGAGGACAGGGCUAACUGGGCAGUAGCAGAAGCUAACCUGGGGUUAUUGUGUCUGAAGGCUGGGGCUAAGAGGUUAGCGGAGCAGCAUCUAACAGAAGCUGUUGAGAUGUUGUCAGCGCUGGAGGGACAAGAACAUGAGGUGAACUUUACCAGCAUGCUGUUGGAGCUGGGACAGUACUAUGUGAACCAGAGACACCUGGACAGAGGAAAGAUCUACUAUGAAUGGGCUCUACUCAUGGCUAUCAAGUCAAACCACUCAGACAGUCAGUUGAGCGUGACGCGACGCUUGUGCCACCUUUACAGAACAGUGUGUCCGGAUGAGGCCCAGUGCAUCAUCUACAACGAACAUCAGCUGGCGCUGCUGGUGACCCGGGGAGACAGGAGACAGGAGGGAGAGGUGUUGGAGACCAUCAGCCAGCUAUACCUUAGUCUGGGGACAGAGAGGGCUAGGCGGUCUGCUCUGGACUACACCAAGCGUAGCCUGGGUAUCUUCAUAGACCUGGGCCGGAGGGAGAAGGAGGCUUACGCCUGGUUACAGGCUGGGAAGAUAUACCACCUGCUGGGCCAGACUGAACUGGUGGACCUUUAUUUACAGGUGGCCCAAGAUGUGGGGGUGAGUACGGGAGACACACACUUCAUCCUACAGCUGCUGGAGGCAGCAGGGGACGUCUUCUUCAACAGCUCAACGGAGAGAGAGAAGGCUGUCUGCUUUUAUGGGGACCGUGCCCUGCCCAUCGCGGUGAAAACCAGCAGUACAGAGGUCAGACUGAGACUGUCUAACAAGCUGGUGGAGCUGCUGCUGCAGAUGAAGCUGUAUGGAGAGGCUGUUGAGUACGCCCAGACCGCCCUGGACAUCAGUGUUAAACUGGGAAACCGUCUGAACGAGCGUGUGGCGUUCCACCGCCUGGCUACUCUGUACCACUGUCUGGGUCAGUUUGAGCUGGCUGAACACUACUACCUGAAGGCCCUCUCCCUCUGCCCCACGCCCCUGGAGUUUGAUGAGGAAACCCUGUACUAUGUCAGGGUGUAUCGGACGCUGGGGGACAUUAUAUUCUAUGACCUGAAGGACCCGUAUGAUGCUGCAGGGUACUACCACCUAGCACUUGCUGCAGCCAUGGACAUCGGCAACAAGAAGUCCCAGCUCCAGCUCUGCACCCGAUUGGCUACCAUCUACCACAACUUCCUGGUCGAUCGGGAACUGUCCCUCUUCUUCUACCAGAAAGCACGAGCGUUCGCCUCCGACCUCAAUGUACGACGCAUCAACCUCUCGCCAGACCAGAUCUUCAGCAGUAUGUCACAGUACAAGACGAACAGGGUGAACAUCCAGGAACCAAGAAAUGAGUCACCGCCAAACGGCCAUCUUGGUUUGAAGUUAGUGAGAAGAGGGGAGUGGUUAUAGCCUGGACCCAGAUCUGUUUGUGCUCUUACCAACUCCAAUGCUCAUUGUCAAGCAAAACAUGACAAUGAGUUGCUAUGAUAGCACAAACAGACUGGCACUCAGGCUAGAGAGUUUAUGGGUGUUUGAGGAUAUUGUGCCAAGUGGGUGUUGUAGGCCUUUGUUCAGUUUAAAUAUGUAAUUUAUGAACUGCUGAGAUGUGUUAAUGUGAUUUUGCCAAUCAGUGUUCUGUGCCUUACUGAACAAUAUCACUUAGAAUAGAAUCAUACAGCAAUGACUGAAUAUUUAUAAUUGUCUUCAGUUGAUGACCUGAAAUGAGUUAAGUCAUGGUGAAAGUAAUGAAUCAUGAAAGAUAUCUCUAAUAAAAAGUCAGAGAAGAUAAUGGAGAAGGUCCAGCUGUUGCAGGUUACAGUGGAGUGAAUUGCUCUGUGAGAGUGAAGACCACUUGGACUGCGCGGCUGGGCCCAUAUCCACAGUGUCUCAUAGUAGGAGUGCUGAUCUAGGAUCUGCCCAUACAGUCGUAUUUAUUCUGAUCCAAAAGGCAAAACUGAUCCCAAGUCAGCACUCUGAUAAGCCGUCAAUGCCUUUUUUUGUAUGAUUAGCUAGUUUUCCAUCCAAUCGGCUCAAAGAUUUUAAUGCGACUAUUCAACAAUCCGCAUAAUGAAAAUAUGAACAUUUUCCCAUCAGUGGUGUUUCCACCCAACGGACUUGUUGUGGAUAAAAAAUCAAUGCGUGAUGACGUAGUGCACACAAAAUGUACUUUUUCGCUUAGGUUUUCAUGUAAUGAAUAAAAAUUGAAAGAGUCAA